AAAACGAGGGGGGUAAAAAAAAAAUCAAAGAAUAAGGUGGAGCAAGCAGAUGGAGCAUCUCACAUAAAAAGGUGUUUGUCGCGGAGGACCUGAGUACUAUCUGAGAUCGGGGAAAAGGGCCACAUGUCGCCGCGCACCGGGACCAUGCAGAGCUCCAGGAUGCUGAGCGGCGCGCUCCUCUGCGCGCUGCUGCUGCUCUCCGCCGGCGCCGCCGGAGCCGGAGCGCAGGGGCUGCUGGAUGCGGAGUCCGAGGAGGAGCUGAGCCCCAGAGCGCUGCGGGACUUCUACCCGAAAGGACCGAACCUGACCAGUGAAAAGCAGCUGCUUGGAGCUCUCCAAGAAGUUCUUGAAAAGCUGCAGGCUAAACGACUUCCAUCGUGGGAGAAGAAAUUUGGUCAAGUCCCAACGUGUGACGUUGGAGAGCAGUGCGCGGUGAGGAAAGGCGCACGAAUCGGGAAGAUGUGCGACUGUCCCCGGGGAGCUUUCUGCAACUUCUUCCUGCUGAAGUGCUUAUGAGCCUCUCCGGAUCGGAAUGUAGCUUCGGGAAGAGAAGACUUUCACUGAACCCCUUUGUAAUUACGCUCAGAUUUUUUUAUUUACUGCACAGCUCAGGCGCAGCUGGAGUGACUGUCCAACACUUACAACAACUGUAGAAAUUGUAUUAUUAGGAGUAAAACAUUCCGUGUUAUUUUACAACAAAAAAAUGACAUGAGGAUGAGAAUAUCAUAAAACGUUUCUGUAAAUAUUUACUUCAACUUCAAUAAACUCAACCCGUGGGACCAUAAGCACACUGUAAUGUCAAACCAGCAAUAUUAUGCCCUUCAUCCGCUGUGUUUUGUUUCAGCUGAAUGUUUUAUGUGUCAUGAUAUUAAAGUCCUGUUGUUUUUUAAAGCAG